ACGACGACGACGACGACGACCUAGCUUUGCCCCUCCGUGAUAACGCACGUUCGUCGAAAAACAUCGUUGUCGUCCGAGUGCCAGCCCGUACGCAGUACGCAAAACCGCACACACGCACCCAACGAGCACGGUCAGUCGCGUUCGUCACGUCACCGUGAAAACCGAUUCUUACCGAGCCCACCGCCUUCGUCGCGUCUCCACGACCGUCAGUCGCUCCGUACGUUCCCGGGUCCCGAGCACACGCCCACUCUUAGUCACAGCCAUGUCUAUGGGAGAUAAAGUUACAAAUAUUUGGAAAAGAGCCAGCGAUGAAGGUGAAAAUAGGGAAGAAAUUCCUUGGCAUCUAAAAUAUGGUGGUAGAACACUUGGUACAUUUGCAGGAAUCGUUAAUAUAUUUACUGGUAUUUGGAAUGCAGUAGCAAUAUUGUUUUUAAAUACUGAUUGUGUGUUUGGUGGAGCUAUUCAGCUACUUGUAGGAUUCUUACUAAUAGCAUUAGAAGCACCUUUUCUUUGUGUAUUUAUUGAUUAUAUGCAGCAAGUUAGUGAUAUUGCUGAAAGUAAACCAUAUUGGACUAGAGCUGUUUUCUAUAUCAUAGUAUCCAUUAUACCAUUAAUUCUUUGUUUCGGACCAAGUACACUUAUUGCCAGUGCUUUAGUUUUUUGUACUGGUUUAUUGUAUGGUCUUAUGUCGGUUGGAAAAAAAGGAUCUAGGGAAGACAUGGGCGCAAUAGCUUCUCCUGUUGAUAACGUCUCUCAACCUAUGGGCGGACAUCACACAACAUUCAUGGAUGAUCCUGAUGUGUGGCGUCCUACUUAAGAGCUUCAGCUGAUCAAAUGAAAUCAACUGCAUCUACGUUAGAGCCCUGAGUCAUCCACAACAUUAGUAGAAGAAUAUCAUAUUUAAGCCCCAAGGACUCACUUAAAACCAAUUUAAUAUUAAGUUAUUGAUUCCUGAAUGGUUACAUAAUCCUUAUUGUCUACAUGCAUUCCAAUAUAUCACGGUCUCUAAAUUGAUACUCAUUUAUUUUGGUACUCUAUUGAUGAAAAUAUUUAAGUCCCUUAAUUUUCUUUUUAAUUACCUUAAUAACCUUAAUUUUACCUUUUUUACUC